UUAACGCUUUAUUACACCGGAAGUGUAACCACAGUUGGCUUAACGCUGGGUAUCCGGUAAGUCUGCGGGGCGGAGAUAAGAGCGAAGCUCGGCGGAGUCGCUGCCUGGAAGCGGCUGAUUCACGACGGAGUAACGGGAGGUGAUCGGCUGGACCCGAGCGGAGGGCAUCAUGAUGGGAGAGAACUUGUUCUUACUGUGGCUCACAUGCGUUUGUAUCGUGCACAGCUCAGGGACGUUGUCUCACGUGGAGCGUUACGAGGUGGUCCGACCUCAGAGACUCCAGGAGAGACACAGGAGGAGCAUUCAGGACCACCCGCAGCUGUAUCCUGAUACAGUUCGGUACGAGUUGGCCAUCGAAGGGAGAAAUCACACAAUUCUUCUGGAAAAAAACAGGAACCUUAUUGGGAGAGACUACACUGAAACACACUAUACUGAAGAUGGAAAACGGGUGACAACAUCACCAAAACAAGACCACUGCUACUAUCACGGUCACAUCGAAGGCGUGGACGACUCCUCGGUCAGCGUGGGGAUUUGUUCUGGCAUGAGCGGCUUCCUGAGAGCCCGGCAGCAGGUUUACCUGAUCGAGCCUCUGGGGCAGACGGACGAUGGUGAUCAUGCUGUUUACAGACAGGAGCACCUGAAAAUCAGCGGCAGGCCCAGCUGUGGCGCUUCAUCCAACACCACCCUACUCUACGACCAGGACCAGGGCCCUCAGGUCGCUGGACUCUUCAGGUCCAGAUCAUGGAAAUCGAAUCCCACGCCGGGUCCUCAGAGGUUUGUCGAGCUGUAUGUUGUGGUGGACAACGCUGAGUAUAAAAAAUAUGGAAGCAAUACUAAAUCCCGUAUCCUCGGAGUCGUGAAUCACAUCGAUAAGCUGUAUCGGCGUCUGAACAUCCGCGUCCUGCUGGUGGGGUUGGAGAUUUGGUCGAACAAAGACCUCAUCGACAUCAGCCACAAUUCAGAAGCCACGCUGGACAAGUUCCUGGCGUGGCGUCAGGACGACCUCCUGCUGAGGGUGAAGCACGACAACGCCCAGUUUGUGACCUGGAGAGAUUUUGAAGGAGAAACAGUCGGACUGGCAAAUAAGUUCGCCAUGUGCACCGGAAACUCGGGAGGCGUGAAUCAGGAUCACAACGAAAACCCGAUAGGCCUCGCCUCCACUAUCGCCCAUGAGAUGGGACAUAACUUUGGCCUUUCCCAUGACACUCCAGACUGCACGUGCGGUUCCACAUCCAGCGGGAAGGAUUGUGUCAUGGCAGAAAAGCUCAGGGCAGGAAAUCAAAUGUUCCCGGAGUUGUUCAGCAGCUGCAGUCUUUCUCAGCUCGCUGAAUUCCUGGAGCGAGCUCAGCCCAGCUGCCUGCAAAAGCCCACCUCCUCCAGGAUCAUCGCCGUGGGCCCCCGCUGCGGCAACGCCAUGGUGGACCCCGGAGAGGAGUGCGACUGUGGCACGGUGGAGGAAUGCAACAACCCCUGCUGCGAUGCCUCGACUUGUCGGCUGACUGCAGGAUCCCAGUGUGCUCAGGGACAGUGCUGUGAGAAGUGUCAGUUGAAGUCAUCUGGGAGCGUGUGCAGGCAGUCAGCCGGGAGCUGCGACCUGCCCGAGUUCUGCACCGGACUGUCGUCGGAUUGUCCUGAAGACAGCUUCGAGAUGAAUGGCAAGCCCUGCUACAAAACGCUCCAGGGCAGCGGCACUGUCCAGGGAUACUGCUACAACGGCCAGUGUCCCACCCGGGAGCAUCACUGCUGGAGGCUCUUUGGACCAGGGGCCCAGGUGGCACCAGAUUUAUGUUUCAACCUGAACCAGCGUGGCGAGGAAGGCGCUAACUGUGGGAAGAACAAAUUCGGCUUCAUUCGUUGUGCUCCACAGGAUGUUAAGUGUGGAUCGAUGUUUUGCGAGGAAGGAGGCGAGUCUAUCACGGGGAAACGGGCAAGCUACAACACAAUGUACGGCAAAGAGUGCAAACUCGCCGUGGACGACGAUAAGACGAGAAACCUGGACAUGGUGCCAAGUGGCAUGAAAUGUGCGCCGAAUAAGGUUUGCCUCAACAACAAAUGUGUGGAUGUGUCAGCCUACGGGAAGAGGGAGGACUGUGCAAAGAAGUGCAACAACAACGGGGUGUGUAACCACAGGAACGAGUGCCACUGUAAUCCCGGCUGGGCUCCUCCCAAAUGCAACAUCCAGUACGCGGAUUUACCUCAAGAUCAGGUUGGGCUGAUAGCCGGUGUGUGCGCAGCAGUCUCCAUCCUGCUGGUCGUCACUUUGCUGAUUGCUGGGCUGAUGUGCUGUAAGAAGGACGACAUGGAGCGCUACAUCGCUACAAGGAAAGUGCAUUCAGCUGAAGGGAAGCUGAACCCGUCGUUCCAAGAAGGAAGUGGUAAAGAAAGACCUCAGAUCAGUCAGCCCACCUUCAUGGAGACCACAGCAAAACAGGCCUGCACCCCUCUGAUGGGUCGAGUGACCCCCUGCAGACCCGCCCCACAGCCACCGCUGAAACCGUCUUCAUCGUCAGUCAUGUCGGAAACUGAGCUGAUGAAACCUCUACCUCCAUCUAAACCUUUACCGCCUCUGAAUAAAACACAGAACAAAGCAGUGAAACCAACCCCUCCUCCCGUACCUCCGGUCAAGCCCAGCCCUUCGCCGGCAACCAGAAUAAAGCCUUUCGCGCCUCCUCCGCCCCCAGCGAAGCCUCGCGUUCACAGACUCGCAUGAAAUCCUCAUCAAGAGUAUCGACUUGUUCCAAAGCAGAGACAUCCAGGGUGUAGUUUUACUUUUUAAAAGCGAGUGGCCCGCAGCCGCAUCAGUGUUUGAGACUCGCAGACGCUCGGCUCUGUGGAAAAGUUUACGCUUCAAAGCCGGUAAAGAUGUUGUGCAGACCGAGGCUCCACCAGCUGAGAAUAUCUUUAAUGACACGAGACCAACAGCUGCACAGCUGCUGUGGAAAAGUCAGAUUUUUUUUUAUUUUUUGGCUGUUUUCUGGUGGUGGGGUUCGUUUUAAAUUAACUGCUGCUGCAGUUUUCCUCCUGUGUAACGAGUGUAAAGCACUUUUAUAAGAUGUUGUUUUACAGUAUUUAUUUAAUGAGUGUUUAAGGGACUGUAUGAAAAUUAUUAGGCAAUUAUCUUUUUCGUGAAUGGUAAUGUGUUCAGUUUGUAGCUUGUCUGGGAUGCACACUCACACACUCUGUGCCUCUACAAGCAGCUAUAAUCAGUAUUUUCUAUAAGAUAAUGUGAAAAAGUGUCUAUGUCACAGGGUCACUUGUCCUGAUACCUGCACAGAACUGAGCUUGCAGCUCCACUGUGAUAUAAAGAGAUCUGAAUGUUGCUGGGACUCAUUUAGGACGUAAUUAAAGGAGCAAAGCAAAACUAGGCAACUAGUCUGAACAUAAUAAGAAAGAAAAUCCUAAUUAUAUGUCAAAGGUUUCUAAAUCAUGGGCCACCCUGCAUUGUUAAAAUUGCGCAGGCAUAAUCUCAGAGCACUUUUUUAAUAUUUUUUACUGCAUUGGGGAAACUCAAAAAGCUUCUGAGGUGAAAAUUUAUAAGACAAUUUGCCAAUUUUUUCCAGGCUUUGUGCACAAAUUUGCUGUUUUUGCCUUUAAAAAUUUAUUCUCUUAAAUUUGGUACACUUUCUUGUAAAUUUACAAAAAAUAAAAACAAAUUACAAUUUUUUUUCUUGCAAAUUUGACAUUUUUUCCAAUAAAUUUUAGUGGCCCUAAUACGCCCUGUUAGAUUCAUGUCCACGUGGCCAUACAGAAUCAAUGAGGGCUGUUGUGUAACACUGCAAAUCAGACAGUUGACUGAUGGUGUAUACUAAUACAGUACCUGACCACCAAUAAAUAGAAGUGACCACUUUCCUAUUACUUACCUGAUGGAGAUUUGUGUGAGACAGCAAACGUCUGUUGCUUGCUCAGCAGUAAAAACACAAAACAAAACUGUAACUUCAUAAUGAAUGUGAAAACAGCUGCAGGUAAUACUCCAGUAAAUGAACAAUCAGCAAAAGCUCGGGCAGCUCUCACGCCUAACUAGCCUGAGUAUAUUCAACAGUGAAAACUCAUCUCAAGCAGACUGCAUGUGAGAAAAGAGCUGGAGGCGUUUUAGGAGGGAGACAGUCAGGAAAUGUAUGGCAGAAUUCUUCAGCAGCAAAUAUGGCGGCAAUGUUUUACUUCCAGUUAAAAAGAUUUUUGAAAGUAUAUUUUAGGAAAAGUCGGAAAAGUUUUAAACAGUUUUUACCAAAUUUGAUCAGUCGUGUAAUUUCUGUCCUGGUGAGCAAAAUUAUAGGUUAGGGAGGAAAUCUGAGUCCAGCAGCCUGAAAGAAAAACUAAAUAACCUCCAAAAUAUGAGAAAGAAGCAGAAGAAUCUAACUACGAGUGACAACAGCCAGUCUGUAAACCUGUUACUAAUCCCAACCUGUUUCUAAGUGCUUUGAACUGUUGAUUCGGGUGGUUUUGUAAUGCUGUUAUUCAAUAUUUUAACGAUGUGCUACCCUUUAUUUAAAUGCUGGACUCGGAAACAAACCAGCCACGAGACAGCAUUCGUCUGCAACCUUAAUUGUUCUUAUUUAAAAUCUUCUUUGGAGACCAGCUUGUAAAAAUAGCCAAAUGAGACCAAAAACAGCGCGACUGGUGAGGUUUCAAUAAUAGCUGCAGUCAGACGCAGCCUCAGAUGUUUUUACCCGUUAGUUUGUGAUUUUUGUGUGCCUUUUUUUUUUUCUUUUAAAUUAAACUAAGUUCCAGUUGAUACUGAUAGAUCGUUGGGAAACAGUAUUUUUUUCCUUCUUUUUUUUGGAUUUUUGACUUCCAUGCAGUCCCUACAGUGCUACCACAGCCAUUUUGUGCCUUCUACAAAGUGUUUUUUACAUUACUUUGCACUGUACUUGAAGACUUAUACUGGUACGUCCCUUACGUGGCCUCUGUGUGUUACUGUGGUUCAGCUUUAAACCUUUUUAAGCUCCAUUGUUCGUUUGGUCCCACAGAGGUGGGGAAUGGGUGGAUGUAAUGGAGCCUUGAGGAGAAAUUACUGUUUUGUUUUUUUAAACUGCACUGAUAUUUUUCUAGGAAGAGUUGUGAGGAUUUCGUAUGUUGACCUGCAGAGUAGUCAUUAAGCCAAAACUACAGCGUAUGAUUUCACAUGAUAACAGUCCUCUUUCUUGUAAUCAGUUGCAUAUGAUCAGAUGUAAAAACUUGAAUUCCCAUGAAGCGCUUUCUGUUGCAAUGAAUAAAGUGCACUUUAUUUCAACAGUG